CUUUGUGUGACUGGAGCGGAAGCACGAAGUUCGCAGCAAUAUUCCACUAGUUGUCGUCGUGAAGUCAAAAUUUUUAGCCACUUUUGUGUAAACAAACAUUUUAUUAUCAACAAACAUGGCGCUCACUGAUGCAGACGUCCAAAAACAGAUAAAGCACAUGAUGGCCUUCAUCGAGCAAGAGGCCAGUGAGAAAGUGGAGGAAAUUGACGCCAAAGCUGAGGAAGAGUUCAACAUCGAGAAAGGUCGUUUGGUCCAAACGCAGAGGGUGAAAAUAAUGGAUUACUAUGAAAAGAAGGAAAAACAGAUUGAACAACAUAAGAAAAUCCAGAUGUCCAACUUGAUGAACCAAGCCAGGCUGAAGGUGCUGAAGGCCCGUGAUGACAUGAUCACGGAUUUGUUGAUUGAAGCCCGACAAAAACUUGCUGCGAUUGCUCAGGACCCUGGCAGGUACUCCACACUGCUGGAGGGGCUUAUCCUCCAGGGUUUCUACCAACUGCUGGAAGACAAAGUUGUCAUUCGCUGUCGAAAGCAGGACUCAGAGAUGGUUCAGGCUGCAGUUAACAGGAACAUCCCCAUCUACAAAGAAGCUGUCAAAAAAAAUAUUGUUGUCAAAAUCGACAUGGACCACUUUCUACCAUCGAGCAUCUGCGGAGGAGUGGAGGUGUAUAAUGACAAUGGCAAGAUAAAAGUAUCUAACACUUUGGAGAACAGACUAGAACUUCUAGCGCAACAGAUGAUGCCUGAAAUCAGAGUGUCCUUAUUUGGCGCCAACCCCAACCGUAAAUUUACAGAUUAACAGCGGAUUUGAAGGGCACAGCAUGGACAUACGUGGCAUAGGAUUUCCCAACAUUGUGUUGUAUAAUUCUACAAACAACAAGCACACGCACCUACUGAAGUGCUUUUUUUUUUGUAUUCGAGGUCGCCCAAGGACUGUCUUUAAUUACAUCUUUAUUUGCCAAAUGUGUGUGAUUUAAAGAACAGUAAACAGUGUUGUUGGUUCACAACUGUAUAAGAGCAAAGACAUGUUUUUUGUUUUUGUUUUUUUUUUUAAAAAGGAAUACACUAAACAUGUAUAUUAUUAUUAUUAGGGAGCACUUACCAUUCAAAAGCCAAAGUAACAAAUGAGUGUUACACAGAAGUCUGUAUCUUUAUUUACAUGUAAACAAAUUGUUUACACAGGCUAUGUUUAAUAAACAUAAUGAAAAGUUCAGCAUUUCUAUCAUACCUACAGCUUUCCAUUCAAAAUAUAUUUUAAAAAU